AAUGAAACUACAACUUUUCGCCAUUUUGGCGGUUGCUAUCACCGUUUUGGUUUGCGUGGCGGCAGCACCAGGACGCCAUCAGAAUCCACCAACAGUGCGCCCACAGCCGCCACCACGUCCCAUCCGAGUACGUCGCUAUGCUGAACCAGGACGCCACCAGAAUCCACCAACAGUGCGUCCACAGCCGCCACCUCGUCCUAUUCGUGUACGUCGCUAUGCUGAACCAGCACGCCAUCAGAAUCCACCAACAGUGCGUCCACAGCCGCCACCUCGUCCCAUACGCGUCAGACGUUAUGCGGAACCAGGACGCCAUCAGAAUCCGCCAACAGUGCCCCCACAGCCUCCACCACGUCCCAUCCGAGUACGUCGCUAUGCUGAACCAGGACGCCACCAAAAUCCACCAACAGUGCGUCCACAGCCGCCACCUCGUCCUAUUCGUGUACGUCGCUAUGCAGAACCCGCACUUCAUCAGAAUCCACCAACAGUGCGCCCACAGCCGCCACCACGUCCCAUACGCGUACGACGCGAUGUAGCUACUGGUGGCGCUGUGUCAACUAACCCAAAUGGUGGACAUGAUGUUAAGCUAGAGAUCGCUAAAGGCUUAGGCACACCCGAUGCUAAUGUGAUUGGUAGCGCGUUUGCGAUGGGCAAUACCAAAGGUGGACCGGUGACUACUGGCGGCAGUUUGGCUGCUAAUGUCAAGGGACUUGGCGCCUCUAUUACCAAAGAGCAUACGCCUGGCAUCAGUGAUACGCUAACUAAGAGCGCUUCGGCAAAUGUUCUACUGAAUGAAAAUAAUCGCUUGGAUGCAUCCAUCUUUAAAGCCGACACAAAAUUGUCAAAUGGCUUCGAGUUUGAGAAGAAAGGUGGCUCGUUGGCCUUAAACAACGCCGGCGGUCAUGGCAUAUCCAUUGCCAAGGAGACCAUACCCGGUUUCAGUGACUCGCUAACGAAAUCUGCGCAUGCUACAUUCUUCAAUAAUGGCGCGCACAGCGUGGGCGCCAAUGUGUUUGAUACCAAAAAAUCCUUCGACUUUGGCCCCACAUUACGCGAAACAGGUGGAAAUCUCAAUUGGGCGCAUACGAAUGGCCAUGCCGCGAAUUUGGGUCUUUCCAAGGUUCAUGAUUUUGGCACCAAAUUUAAUUAUGGCGCAAGUUCGAAUUUAUUUACCUCAGCUGAUCGCCAAACGAGCUUGGAUUUCAAUGCUGGCGGUUCACGUUGGCUGAAUGGUCCGCUGAGCGGCAGGAAUGACUUCAACAGUGGCUUUGGGCUUUCGCACAGAUUCAGUAAUUGGGGUUAAGAGAGUUGAUGAAGGGUUUGGAUUGUGGGACAGAGUAGAGUAUUUGUUUGGUCAUAAAACAUAAUGCGGCAAGAAUUAUUUAUUUAUUUGCAUACAUAUGUACAUGCAUAUGCAUUUGUAAUUAGGAUUUUUUUAAGUACGAAAAUGUAAUCGAAAAAUAAAAUAAAAUA